AUGAAGGAUAUCUCUCUGGUUAAAGGCCCACCCGAUCCCGACGAGACCCGAGCUAGGCUUAUGGCUCGGCUCGCUGCCGUUAAUACUCUACCUCCCAAGGGGGCGUCCGCCUUCCGACAGCUUGGGGGGAGGCGAGGCUCGGGAGGGCCAGGCUUGGUGAUGCCCCAUACGAAUGUCAGACCGAUAGUGACGCAAGGGGGAAGUGAAAGAAAGUUUUCUUGGGGCAAAGCAAGGAUAGCAGGGACAUACAAGAGGCCACCUCGGGCGGUGCCCAAGAGCCGAUUUAAGAGGCUGAGGGGCCCCACGGGUGUGGUGAAGACCUGCCGUAUACAGGAGCCGGAGGAAAAGCCGAAGGAAGGUCAGUGGUCGGGACCGAAGGACUUCAUCAAGUACCUACUCACUCGUGACACUGCGACCGAUGAGUUCUGCUACAUGACUCGGCCGUGUACUAAGCGUGUAGUUUCCCGGGCUGGUAUGUGA